GCUGUAUAUUUAGGUGAACAUGUGUAAAGUGUUGUAUGUGAGUUUGUCCCUCCCCAUGGGGUAAUGGUGCUGGCCACCAGUAUAAAUGUGAAUGACUUUGUAAUGGAAGGUAGUCUGUGUUUGUUGCUGCAGUGGAGAGUGUGGCCUGAGGGUUGUAGGUAUUGUAGGUAUUGUGGGUAUUUUGUUUAGUUAUUUUGAAAUUGACCUUGUUGUUAAGGAAGUUAUUUUUGGAAACUUAUUUUGCAUUUGAAAUUAAUUUGGAUUUUUCUUUUUGGUUAAGACUUUGUUCCUUCUAUUUUUUGCCAUGUUUAAUUAUAUUAUUGGGCUUGGAUGAUUGCCCUUUUGUAAGUUUAAAUAAAUAUUUGUUUACAUUUCAAAGUUGUGUAUUCAUACUGCCUCUGUUUAAUUUGGCUACAAAAUUUGUGGUGCCUAUUAGUAGGCUGACCAUUACACUGGUGUCAGAAGUGGGAUAGCCAGAAGAGAGCAGUAGGGAUUUAUUUUUUUUUUGUUUGUUUUAUUUUUAACUCUCCACUGCAGUCAACAGUGGCAUAGUGUCGGCUCAGAAUGGCUCCUAAAAAGGUGCGGACGGAUCAAGCUGAGGUGGAGGAACCCGGUAGAGCUGUUGGGGAAGGUGAUGUUAGUGAAGUGGAACUGGGGAGCGUCACUGAGGAUGUCUCACUUGCAGAGUUGAGAGACCUGUUCCGUUCACAUUUCGCACAGCAGCAGGCUCGAGACCGUCGCCUGGAGCAAGAGGCUGACCGACAAGAUGCUCGGUGGAGAGCAAUGCAGCAUCAGUUCUCUCUUCUGCAGCAGGAAGUGCAUGUAAGGACGACACCAGAUCUACGGCCUGGUGGUGAUAUUCAGACUGGCCUUUUAUCACAACCAACAGUCCAGCGAGUGCCCUCAGUGUUACGGGAUACAUCAGUCAGCCGACAGAUGGAAUCACCAGCUGCAUCUCCACUGGAAGGCCAAGGCCAGAGUCCAUUGAGAAUUGAGAGAGAGCCACACCUGCAACGACUGAGUGAGACAGAUGACGUAGAGCAUUAUUUAGCUACUUUUGAACGAAUAGCGAUGGCGUGUCGGUGGCCAACAACCGACUGGGCAGUUAGGUUAGUGCCCCUCUUGUCGGGCAAGGCUAGGGCUGCAUAUGUAUAUAUGGACAUGGUAGACUCACUUGAUUAUGACAAAGUCAAAGCAGCCAUUCUUGCUAAGUAUGACAUAAAUGCAGAGACUUAUCGGCUUCAGUUCCGGUCAACAGAAGUGAAGGAGAAUGAAACCCCAAAAGAGUUGUAUGCCAGACUAAAAGAAAACUAUGCCAAGUGGGUGCAGCCACAGCAUCAUACUAAGGAGGAGAUUGGGGAGACAGUCAUUUUGGAGCAGUUUUUGCGCAUGUUGGCCCCUGAUCUGCAAGUAUGGAUUAAGGAAAGAGGCCCUGUCUCUGCUGCAGAAGCCGCCAACUUAGCAGACACCUUUGUGGCAGCGCGACGCAAGACUCAACCAUGGACAUUCAAGCGUUGGAAGGGGAGUAAAGAUUCCAACAAGUUCCAACACUCCUUCCCCACUACAGUAAGAGCCAUCCAUGAAGACUGAUGCUUCUAAUACUGGCAUUGGGGCAGUGCUGUUGCAAGGGGCACUGGGAGAUAGACAUCCAGUGGCCUAUAUAAGUCGCAAGUUGUAUCCCAGGGAGGUGAGAUACUCCACCGUUGAGAAGGAGUGCUUGGCCGUUAAAUGGGCCCUGGACACGUUCAGGUACUACCUUCUUGGCCGGGAGUUCCUCCUUGAAACUGACCACCGGCCACUGCAAUGGAUGGAUCGAAUGAGAGACUCAAAUGCACGAAUCACUCGAUGGUAUCUAUCUAUGCAACCUUAUCGUUUUAUUGUCCAGCAUGUUCCAGGAAAGAGUAAUGCUACAGCGGACUUUCUUUCUCGCCUGCCGGCUUGAAAAUGGGUGGAGGGGAGUGUGACGGUCACGGGAAGACCGCACAUUCAACAUGGACUUUAAUACACACACAUACUCACAAACACACACAGAGACUGUUUAGUGAUAAGAGUUUAUUGUAAUUAUUGAUCAGAGUGAAUGGAAUACCUGUAAAUGAUGUGUAUUGUUCCCGUGUAGCAUUUGUCCCGUGAUUUUUAGAGUCCCGGUAGGAAACCAUGGCAGGAAUUAUUGGUUCCGCUUAGGGUGGGAAUCUACCAUGUAUUAAUUGA